GUCUUCGAACUCACGAAUCUCAAGGAGCUUGAUCAUCGAGACCUCUCCUUUCUCCGAACUGACCUGUCGAUCUCCAGUUGUGUUCUCCGAAACUCUACCAAUCGUGUCCAUCCCCAGGUGGUGCUACAAUCAUGAGUGACUACGGAGAGGAGGCACCACCCCCCGACGCCGAGGGCCUCGAUCGACCAGACGAAAAUGAAGACGAGCUCGACGACCUGCACGACGAAUUUCAAGACCCCCAACCAGAGCACGAUGCCGACACUCGGCCCAACGCAGCCGACGACUCUGACGAUGAAUCGCUGCUCUCCGAAGUCGACGAAGCCCAGUUCGCGGAUUUCGACCCCAAAGCCGUCGAGGUCGCCCCCGACUUUGACACGCUGAACAAGGCCAUCAAAGUGAAGAAGAGGAAGAGAGCUGAGGGCGAGGAACCGGUGCCGAAGAAGAAGAAAGAGCGAAGGAGGGAGAAGAAAUCACGACGAGCAGAGAGCGAGGCCUUUUCGGGUGGCGAUGAGGUUGAGGGCAAGAGAUCGCGCAAGCCGAAGGCGGCCGGUGGAGAAACUCGGCCGCGCGAGCGAGUGGAGAUCAACGACGAGGACUUGACACCUGAGGAGCGCAGAAGACGGGCGUUGGACAGGGCAAUGGACGCUGCGGUCAAGAGAUCCUCGGGCAAGAGAAUCAGAAAGGGCGAGAUUGACCUCGAGCAAGCCGCAGACGCAGAGAUCGAGGACUUGCGGAACCGAAUGAUCACGGCGGCUGAAACCGACGGAGAAUUGGUACGACAAGGUCUACCUGCCUCUCAGAAACUCAAGAUGCUGCCCGAAGUGGUGAGCCUGCUGAACCGGAACACAUACGUCCAGUCGAUUCUCGACCCGGAGAUGAAUCUACUGGAGGCGGUCCGGUUUUUCCUGGAGCCUCUGACCGACGGCAGUCUGCCGGCGUACAACAUCCAGCGGGAGUUGUUCGCGGCUCUUGCCAAGCUGCCCAUGAACAAGGAGACGUUGAUCUCUUCUGGCAUCGGCAAAGUCAUUCUGUUCUAUCGCAAAUCCAAGAAGGCCGAACCGGCGAUCAAACGACAAGCUACGAAGCUCAUGGAGGACUGGUCGAGGCCGAUUUUGGGUCGGAGCGACGACCACACGAAGAAAGUCUGGGCCACGGCCGAGUACGAUCCAACCAGGAGGCAAGAGGCCGCUCCCGCUGCCAUUCCCAAGGCGAAAUCCAAUAUUGCUCCAGGCGAGAGAGUGAGCAAUAGGGCCAGGGUUCAGACGAGUCACCUGAACUUCCACAUCGUUCCCCAGGUCUCGUCUACUGUUCCGCACCGCUAGAGAAGGGAGUGGAGGGACUGGCAGGUUCAGGGUCGGCUUCAGGGUCGGCUUUAGGUUCUCGGUGGCUUCAGUCGGAGUACACACCACCAUUGUGUUCAAUCCCAUACGUCUCAGCCUUGCGGUCGACUGCGAUGUAAAAGGUCGCUCGGGUCCGUCCGCCUAGCGGGUGAUUCCUACCGUCGGCGAGGAAUUCAAUUUUCUUGGGAAGUCAUCUUCGUGCUCCGCUUGUAUGUGUUCGUGGUCUAUUUUAUGGACUUUUCAAUCUGUCUCCUCCCCGUCAAUCAGUUCGGUACGCGCACUUUUCCAUUUA